AUGCCAGACAUCCUCGCUGCACAGGUCACCAACCAACCAAUCAUGGAGUUCUCACUCAAUCCAGGACAUUCGCUUGGAACAAUCGAAUUGGGUUCGCUGUUAUGGAACGUACUUGGUAUACUCCGAUCUGAACCAGCAACAUUCAAACAUGUCCAGAUAUGUUGGGAGGCUAGCAAACCGGCAACAGGAUACCUCCUUUUAUCGAUAACUUCCCCGCCCAUCCGCCUUUUAUUCGAAGGGGUCAAUCAGCGAUUAUUGCUCAUUGAAGCUUAUCAAUCACCCUCUAACGAAAUGAAGAUCGGUGCAUGCCCACCUUUGGGAGAUUGGGUCCACUAUCAAAACCAGCCAAUCUCACAAGCCAUCGGUCCGAAUGAGCCGGGAGUCACUCUAAGAGUCAUUCAUCGUCUAUUUGGUCCAACAUAUCCACCAGCUCCCCAUACGGCGCAUCCCAACGAAAUGGUCGUUUCAUAUCCGGGGGUCACAUUCUCAUUUAGAUAUGAGGUUUUAUCUAGGAUCAUCUUAUCCGUUCAACCCGCGGGGGAAGGCUGUAAGAAGGACGAAGGAGAAACAGUUCAAUUGACGGAGGCCUACUUCAAACCCAAGAUGCCGGUGCACAUGAGUUCAAUCGAUGGAGACGUCAGAUCUGCGAAGAUCAAUUUGGGUCGAAUGGAACUUGAAGAGUCAACAUCAAUUACCUUCAGUUUCCAUUCUUCAUCUCCAAAUCGAGAAAUUCCGGACGUCAACGUAACCAUCGGAAGUUCAAACUCCGAGGAUAUCUUGUGCGAGUUCGGCGCACCAUUACGAACGUUCUGGAAGGAAGAUGACCGGAUGAAUAUACAUACUCACCUGCGGUCGAAUGGACGCUCCGCCGGACACCCUGAAGACCCCAAUCCAUACUUCAUGUCAUACUUCAACAUUGGCGUCGACUUUCUUAUUGAUCCUAUUACCAACCUGGUCUUGAAAGUAGUCCUGCAUUCUAAUAUUCCAGGGGAGGUCCUGUUUGCCCGAUAUUCCCGUUGUCCUUGGUCUCUUCGGUCAAUGAAUCAGGAUUCAGACGUUGCUUCAAGCACCGACAAGGCGGUCCACAUCAACCAACGGAUCAGGUCAAAUUUUACACACAAAGAACCUGAAAAUUACGCAUCAGGAGGAGUGGUUGACAGCGGUCAACUCUGUGAAUCCUUUAACUCACGAGCAUUUGACGGGUCUCCGGCCCUCAGAGCGCCAGAAGCCUCAUCUCCAAUCUCAAAUAUAAUCGAGCCUGCCAUGCUCUUGGAUAGGACCGCUGAUGUUAUCGAUGACGGACUGGUUCUAAGGAGACCAACAAGACUUCACGGGCAUCCAGGGAUUGUGCUUGAGGUCACUGAAGAUGAUGAUGUUGAGACCGUCUGGCUGUUUUAA